CAUUACAGUAUUUUUCUUUACGUUACAGUAUUCUUUUUAUUACAGUAUUUUUUUUAUUUCCAAUAAAAACAAAAUGCAAAGCACCAGAGGUUAUGAUUUGAUUAAGGAAGUUAUCUACGAGAACAAUAUAAAAUAUUACGAAUACAAAAAUUUUUACAAUAUUGAAAAAAUUAACGAAAACACCUAUCUCGCCAAUUGGAAUUAUUCAGAGCAAUAUGUUAUAUUAAAGUCCUUUAACCUUAACAAUGCCAGUGCAAAUAAAGAAGAGAUUAUUAAUGAGCUUAAAUUUCAUAAUGAAGUUAAUUUUCAUACAAAUAUGAUUAAACUAUUCGGAAUUACCGAUAAAGCAAAUCAAAAUGAUCAAAUGAGGGAAUAUUUAUUGAUAAUGGAAUACGCUAACGGUGGUUCCCUUCGAAAUUAUUUGAAAGAAACCCUUAAUAAUCUUACCUGGAAAGACAAAUACGAAUUGGCAUACCAAUUGGCAUGCGCUGUGUUAUUACUUCACAAUAAAGGAAUUCCGCAUUAUAAUUUGUACCCUGACAAUAUUUUUAUUCAUCAGAACACUAUCAAAUUAGCCAACUUUGGAUUAUUAAGCAGAACCAAAAGAGAAUCUAAGAGGCAAUUGGAAUCGUUCGAUUAUAUGCCUUAUUUUGAUCCAAAUAAGUACUCACCAAAUGAAAGGAAUGAUACAUACAGUAUUGGAGUGAUUCUUUUAUGGGAGUUGUCAAGCGGUCAACCAUCACUUACUAAAGACAAAUUAUGUGACGAUAAUUUAAUUAAGCAAGGUUAUAAAGAACCAAUGUUUUUAGAUACCCCUGUCGAAUAUUCUAAUCUGUAUAUUGAAUGUUUGAAUAACGGACCAAACCAUAGACCAACAAUUAUUCAUGUGGUCGAUAGAUUAAAAGAAAUUAUUGCAAGGACGAAUUAUUAUGAAACAGAAUAUGAAAUGUGUUCUCAUAACAUCCAACAUUUUAAUAAUAUUGAUAUAAAGGAAAUAGAUCCUACAACCCAAGAUAUAUUUGAUGAUUUAAGUUCUUUAAUUGAUGGAUUGUUUGAUAUUUACUUUGAGAAAAUGAAUGAAGGGAAUGAGAAUGAUGUAUUAAAAAAGUAUGUUUUUGAUUAUUUUGUUCAUUAUAAAAUUAAUCCAAAAGAAGCCUACCAUUGGCUUUUAAACAAUCAAGAUAAUUCAGAAUUUAUUUGUUUACUUGGAUAUUUUAAUUAUCAUGGAAUUGGGACUGAUAUUAAUAAGCAGAAGGCAUUUGAAUUAAACAAAAAAGCAGCAAUAUUAGGAAAUGAUAUGGCUUUAUUUCAUCUUUAUCACUCGUACUAUUAUGGAGAAGGUUGUAAUAGUAAUUAUAAUAUUGCAGUUAGAAUAUCUAGAAAAUUAGCAGAAAAAGGAUAUUCUAAUGGAUUAAAUUGGUUAGGACAUUGUUAUAGUUUUGGAGUUUUAACUAGGAUUAAUAAUCAAAUGGCAUUUGAUUUAUUUCAAAGGGCAGCAGAUUUAGGAAAUAUUAAAGCUAUGUAUAACCUUGCUGUGAUGUAUAUUUAUACAGAAAUUAAUGAUAAUUCUAAAGCUUUUGAAUUAUCUAAAAAAACAGCUGAAAGAGGGUAUACAGGUGGAAUAAUGUUGUUAGGAAAAUGUUAUCAACAUGGAAUUGGAGUUAAUGUUGAUAUGCAAAAGGCAUUUGAAUACUAUCAAAUGGCAGCAAAUUUAGGAAAUGCUAUAGCUCAAGAAGGAUUAAAAGAACUUUUAGGAGAAUAAUUUAUACUAUAUAUAGUUGAAUAUUUUAUGUAGCUUAUUUAUAAACAAUAACGUAUUUGUAAAUGUUAUUAAAUUAUUUAUCAUAAUAAAAAUUUGUUAUUAUU